AUGAAAGCAGGCUGCAGUAUUGUGGAUAAGCCAGAAGGAGGAGGAGGUUAUCAUUUCCCAGAGUGGGCUUACAAGACCGAGUCGAGCCCCGGCUCCCGACAGAUCCAGUUAUGGCAUUUCAUCCUGGAGCUGCUGCAAAAGGAAGAGUUUCGCCAUGUCAUCGCCUGGCAGCAGGGCGAGUACGGGGAGUUUGUCAUCAAGGACCCUGACGAAGUGGCCCGGCUGUGGGGGAGAAGAAAAUGCAAACCCCAGAUGAACUACGACAAGUUGAGCCGGGCCCUCAGAUACUAUUACAACAAGAGGAUUCUCCACAAGACAAAAGGCAAAAGGUUUACCUACAAGUUCAACUUCAACAAGCUGGUGAUGCCCAACUACCCGUUCAUUAACAUUCGACCUAAUGGUGUCGUGCCGCAGAGCGCUCCUCCUGUCCCCACGGCUUCGUCCCGCUUCCAUUUCCCACCGCUGGACAGCCAUUCUCCCACCGAAGAUGCCCAGCCCGGUCGUUUCUCCGGUGGGUCCCUGGUCCCAUCCAACCCAGAAGCGUUGGGUGACGGCGGCGAGAGGAAGCCGGACAUGCCGGAGCUGGAGGAUGGCUCCUCGGAUUGGCGCCGUGGCGUGGAUCUCAUGGCUUCGCGUAACGCUGUGGGCGCUGGUAGUGUCAACCACCAGAAGCGCAAGCCCGAUAUUAUGCUCCCUCUUUUCACCAGGCCCGGGAUCUACCCGGAUCCUCACAGCCCCUUUGCCGUGUCCCCUCUGCCGGGGCGCGGCGGGGUCCUAAACGUCCCGAUCUCUCCUGCAUUGUCCCUGACUCCCACCCUUUUCUCCUACAGCCCCUCUCCGGGCCUCAGCCCUUUCACAGGUAGCAGCUGCUUCUCUUUUAACCCCGAGGAAAUGAAACACUACCUGUUCCCCAUCAAGCUACAGCCUCCGCCCGUGGGGCGUAAAAACAGAGAGAGACUGGAAAGCGCUGAGGAGCCGGCGGCCCCCCAGCUAGCUACUCCUCCUCCCAGGGUCAAGGUCGAGCCCGCGAUGGACAAGGAGGCAGAGUCCGAAGAUCCACCGGCGAAAGGAAAAGACAAAAGUGGGAGGGAGGAAGGCUCCGGCGUGGCAGCCAGCCUGGAAGAGGAGAAAGGGCCUGUGUUUGCAAGACCGGCAGCCCCAUCGUGGCACCCAGCCCCACCGGCA